AUGGCCCUCCUACACAUCCUCAUCACCCUGGCGCCCUGCAUGGUCGGCGCGACCUGCUACCGCGGCUACCAGUCCGCCUACAGCUUCGACGCCGGCGACAGCCCUCACCCGGACUGGAUGGCCGCGAUCCCAGACGACGUGCACCUGACGAGCCUGAGCAUCCCGGGCACGCACGACACCAUGACGUACGGAAUCGCGUCGCAGACGCUACAAUGCCAGAACUGGAACCUGAGCACGCAACUGGCCAGCGGGCUGCGCUAUCUCGACAUCCGGGCGCGGGUGAGGGACGACGAGCUGCACAUUUACCACGCGAACGGGUACACGGGCUUCAGCUACGAGCAGGUCCUGCUGGACGUGUUUGACUUUUUAGAUGCGCACCCUUCGGAGGCGAUCAUCAUGCGUGUCAAAGAGGAAGGGGGCCCGAUUGGGACCAACAACUCGGCUUCGUUUGAGGAUGCGUUUCGCUAUCACCACUGGGCGUCUCCGACGACGGCGCCCGGCUCGGCGAAGCACCUGCAUACUUAUGACUUCGCGGCGCCGAUACCGACCCUCGGGGAGCUGCGCUCGAAAGUCUUCAUCCUGCAGAACUUUGACGCGCGGGACGGCGGGCCCUACGGGCUGCUGUGGGAGGGCCCCGAGAUGGUGCUCGAGGAUCUGUGGGUGAUUCCGGACGUGUACCACCUCGCGGAGAAGUGGACGGCCAUUCGCGACGCGCUGGAGUACGCGGCGCUGGCGCCCGACGACAACAGGUUCCUGUAUCUGGCGCACCUGUCGGCGUCGGUGGGUGUCUUGCCCAUCGAGGCCGCCGCGGGGCCGAUGAACAGGACGAUUCAGGGCAUGAACGACAUGACGGGGCAGUAUCUCGAGGAUGCGUCGGGCAAUGACGACCUGGCGAGGGUUGGGGUCGUGAUUGUGGAUUUCCCGGGGAGGAGGCUGAUUGAGACUGUGCUCAGGUGGAAUGCUUGGUUGCGGUGA